UCUCUCUCUCAUUAUUCCCUUUUCAAGUGAGAGAAUUGCAGGGAUGAUAUUAGCCUGACAAAGCCCUUCACACCCAAGUGAGGAAGACACUUAUAAAUCCAUAGUUAUUCAUAGAUGUAUAUAUAUAUCAUAUCAUCAUAUGCAAUAAUCAACAUAUAUAUAUAGAUGUAUAGACAUGUGGUAUGGUUUUUGUGUUUUGAUGUUUCUUUCUCCUAGUAUAUUUUAGCCUUAAACUUGCAUGAUCAUACUCUCUCUCUCUCUCUCUCUCUAUAGUUCUUUGAUGAGCUUAAACUAAAAUUCUUCUUUGCAGAUGAUGAUCGCGAAGCACGUGCACACUCAGAUUUCCAUCAUUCAAGGAUUUAUCUGAGAAGAAGAAGAAGACUAGUACUACAGUAGCUCCAAAAUUCCCAAGAAAAUUAGCAGCUUUCUGGGCAGCCAAAUGGGUUAAUUUCAUUCAACACCCACUUUCAUAUCGUCAACAGUGACAGAAGAAGAUUGUGUGAAUUGAUAUAUAAAUAUUUAUAUAUUGAUAUUGAAAGAAAGAUCGAUGGCGACAUACUUUCAUGGGAAUUCCGAAAUCCAAGGAGAUCAUGGUUUACAAACCCUGAUUCUGAUGAAUCCAAGCUACGUCGGAUACUCCGACACCAACCCACAACAACAGCAACACCACCACCAUCAGCCGCCACCGGGAAACUUCGUUUUCCUCAACUCCACCGCCGCCGCCGGAAACUCUUUCAACCCACAAAAUCUCCCCCACGCGCCACCCAACCAAACCCAACAGUUCGUUGGCAUCCCGCUUCAGGCCGUGACUUCUGCCGGCGGCUCCGCCUACUCCCAAGACAUCUCGGCCCUCCACGGCUUCAAUAUGUAUAGUUCAAUUGACCCCACAGCGGCGCGUGACAUUCCACGCGCUCCUCAAGGUCUGUCUCUCAGCCUGUCUUCUCAACAGACCACCCACGUUUCUGCACCGACAAUUCCACCGGUUACCGGAGAGGAUAUCCGGGUCUCGGGCGGGUCACCGUCGUCAGCAUCGGGGAUUUCGAACGGUGUUAAUGGAGUUCAGAGUGUGUUGUUGGGAUCUAAGUACUUGAAAGCAGCUCAGGAGCUUCUUGAUGAGGUUGUGAAUGUUGGAAAAGGAGUCAAGAAUGCCGGAGAAUCAUCGGCGACAGCAGUGGCCGGAGAAAGUGGCUGUGGAGGAGAGACAAGUGGCCAACGGCACGGCGAGCUGACGACUGCGGAGAGACAGGAGAUUCAGAUGAAGAAAGCAAAACUUGUCAACAUGCUUGAUGAGGUGGAACAAAGGUACAGACAAUACCACCAUCAAAUCCAGAUUGUGAUUUCAUGGUUCGAACAAGCAGCAGGCAAUGGCUCAGCAAAAACAUACACAGCGCUUGCGCUGCAAACAAUCUCAAAACAAUUUCGAUGCCUCAAAGACGCGAUCACAGGCCAAAUUCGAUCAUCAAGCAAGAGCUUAGGCGAAGAAGAUGGCUUUGGAGGAGGCAGGAACGAGGGUUCGAGGCUUAGAUUUGUUGAUCAUCAGCUGAGACAACAGAGAGCUCUGCAACAGUUGGGAAUGAUUCAGCCCAAUGCUUGGAGACCUCAGAGAGGAUUGCCUGAGCGUUCUGUUUCUGUUCUUCGCGCUUGGCUCUUUGAACACUUUCUUCAUCCGUAUCCUAAGGACUCGGACAAGGUUAUGCUUGCAAAACAAACCGGGUUAACUAGGAGCCAGGUCUCAAAUUGGUUCAUAAAUGCUCGUGUUCGACUUUGGAAGCCAAUGGUGGAAGAAAUGUACAUGGAGGAGGUGAAGGAACAAGAACACAAUGGAUCAGAAGACAACAAAACAAGCAGAAGCGAAAACAAUGAAAACUCACCAUCAAAAUCCAAUCCUGCACAAAACACAAGUCCUGUAACCGAGAACCAAAACAGAGCAUUCAUUUCCAAACAAAACAAUCCCACAAACCACAACACUCCUCCAUCAUCAAUCUCAGUUUCCACAGCUUCACCCUCUCACACCAGACUAAACAUCCGAAACCAACCUGGUUUCACUCUCAUUGGAUCACCAGAAAUUGAAGGAGUCACGCUAAGAAGUCCCAAGAAACAGAGGAGCUCUGAAUUUUUGCAAUCCAAUGAGCAGGUUCCGAUGAAAUUUGAUGAUGAGAGGCAAGGGAGAGAUGGUUUCGCAUUCAUGGGAGGGCCCGCAAAUUUCAUUGGCGGAUUUGGAUCGUACCCAAUUGGCGAAAUAGGGCGGUUUGGUGGGGAACAGUUCCCGGGAACUUAUUCUGGCAAUGGUGUAUCUCUCACUCUCGGUCUCCCACACUGUGAAAGCCUGUCCAUGCCAGGAACCCAUCAAAAUUUUCUCACUAACCAAACAAUCCAAAUGGGGAGAAGAGUAGAAAUUGGUGAAACGAAUGAGUUUGGGGCUAUUAACACUCCCACAUCGUCUCAUUCAACAGACGUGUAUGAGAACAUCAAUUUGCAGAACCGGAAGAGGUUUGCAGCCCCGUUGCUUCCAGACUUUGUGGCCUAAUUGAAAAAUCCAAUGAAUUGAGAGACGGAGAAAGGAGAAAGGUUGAGGUAAGACUGAGAAAUCGAGGUCUCUUUUCACUAUUUUCAUGGGUAGUGUAGAGGAUGAAGAAGAUUUACUUGGUAUAGGGUUUUUAUACUUUUGCAUUGAACCAUUUGAGUUCUUAUAGAUAGUUUUAGGAUUUUAGAGGAUGUGGUUGAGGAUUGUAUAUUGUUUUUGUUAUUUUUGCAAAUGAAUAGAUGGAUUGUUGUAAUGAACAUGAAAGAUUUGAUUUACUUUAAUUUGGGUGGGGGUAUAGAAAUGAAUAUUGAUUCUAAGA